AGCAUCAUCAUGUCUAAGCUGGACAAGAGACGAAAGGGAGUGUUUGGGCCUCCAAUGGGAAAGAAGGCUAUCAUAUUUGUGGAUGACUUGAACAUGCCUGCCAAAGAAGUCUAUGGAGCCCAGCCUCCCAUCGAGCUGCUGAGACAGUUUAUUGAUCAUGGCAACUGGUAUGACCUCAAGGACACUAGCAAGAUCACUCUACAGGAUAUCCUCUUUCUGACAGCAAUGGGUCCCCCUGGUGGCGGACGCAACACAAUCACUCUUCGCUUCAUGAGACACUUCAGCAUUAUAUCCAUGAACCCUUUUAAUGAAGAAUCUAUGACCAAGAUUUUCAGUACACUGAUUAGCACCUACAUGAGGCAAACAGACUUUUCAUCAGAAGCUUUCAAUCUUGGCCUAUUAAUUGUUGGUGCUACACUGGAGAUGUACAAACAGGCAAUGAAGAACUUACUGCCAACACCAGCCAAAUCACACUACAUCUUUAACUUACGAGACUUCUCCCGCGUUAUACUUGGAGUUUGUCUGAUCAAGAAGGAGCAGAUAGAGGACAAAAAAACUCUUGUCAGACUAUGGGUUCAUGAAGUGAUGAGAGUUUUCUAUGACCGUCUGACAGAUGAUGCAGAUAGACAAUGGCUGUUCAAAUCUGUGUCCGCCAUCUUGAAAGAUAAUUUUAAAGAAAACAUGGAUGUGCUGUUCGCUCAUUUGUCAAGUAAAAGUCAAGGUGGCAAGGUCCAAGAAGAGGAUCUGCGGAGUUUAAUGUUUGGAGAUUACAUGGACCCUGACGCGGUUCCUGAUGACAGAGUUUACAAAGAGGUCCGCUCCCUGGACGACUUCUACAACAUUGUUGGCACCUGUUUGGAUGAGUACAACAUCACACACAAAAAUGCCAUGAACCUGGUUGUGUUCAGGUACGUUUUGGAGCACCUGUCUCGUAUCUGCCGUGUCCUCCGUCAGCCAGGAGGAAAUGCUUUGUUGGUGGGUGUAGGAGGAAGUGGGCGCCAGUCACUCACAAAGUUGGCUGCAGCUAUGGCAGGCCACAGUCUUGUACAACCUGAGAUCUCCAAAAGUUAUGGCUUGCAAGAGUGGCGCGAAGAUGUGAAGAAUGUGCUAAAUACAGCUGGGGGACAAGGAAAGACAACUGUGUUUCUGAUUACUGACACUCAGAUCAAAGAGGAAGCCUUCCUUGAAGACAUUGACUCUCUUCUCAACACAGGGGAGGUGCCGAACCUCUUUGCUUCCGAUGAGAAAGUAGAAAUUAUGGAGGCUGUAAGACCUAUCGCCCAAGCUGGAGACAGAAAUGCAGAAUUCUCUCCCCUAGCCUUGUUUGCAUUCUUUGUCAAUCGCUGCAAGGAAAACCUCCAUAUUAUUAUAGCCUUUAGCCCGAUUGGAGAUGCAUUCCGCAACCGGUUACGCCAGUUUCCAUCUCUCAUCAACUGUUGUACCAUAGACUGGUUCCAGGCCUGGCCAGAUGAUGCCUUGAUGAGAGUGGCCAACAAGUUUCUAGAAGAAGCUGACAUUGCAGAGAAUGAUAAAUUGGAAGUAGUCAACAUUUGUAAACAUUUCCACCAGAGUGUCCGAGAACUUUCAGAAAGAUUUCUGCGAGAGCUUGGACGUCACAACUAUGUCACCCCGACAUCCUACCUGGAGCUUAUCAAUGCAUUUAAGAACCUUCUGCACCAGAAACAAGAUGAGACCAUGAAGGCUAAGCAACGAUACCUGGUCGGGCUAGAAAAACUGGCCUUUGCAUCGUCACAGGUGGCAACAAUGCAGAAAGAGCUUGAGGAGCUCCAGCCUCAGCUUGUCAUCUCUGCUGAAGAGAAUGAGAAAAUGCUGAAGGUCAUCGAGGUCGAGUCUGCUGAUGUGGAGAAGACAAGCGAAAAGGUCAAGCAGGAUGAGGCUGCAGCCAAUGAAAGUGCAUCCCAGGCUCAAGCCCUGAAAGAUGACUGUGAGGCUCAGUUAGCUGAGGCUCUGCCAGCACUAGAGCUUGCAAUAGCUGCACUUAACACUCUCAAGCCUGCAGACGUGACCAUAGUGAAGUCCAUGAAAUCGCCCCCUGCUGGCGUCAGGCUGGUGAUGGCUGCUGUGUGCGUCAUGAAAGAUAUCAAGCCAGAGAAAAUUAGCAACCCUGACAAACCUGGGCAGAAAAUGCUGGACUACUGGGGUCCUAGCAAAAGGUUGCUCGGGGACAUGAACUUCCUGCAGAUGCUGCAGGAAUAUGACAAGGACAACAUCCCUGUUCACAUCAUGAAGAAAAUCAGAGAGGAGUACAUCACAAAUCCAACUUUCAAACCUGAAAUUGUAGCCAAUGCUUCAUCUGCUGCUGAAGGACUGUGUAAGUGGAUUCUUGCUCUUGAAGUCUAUGAUAGAGUGGCUAAAGUUGUGGCUCCAAAGAAGGAGAAGCUGCGUGAAGCAGAAGCUGAUCUUGCCAGGAUGAUGGAGAAUCUCAAUGCCAAACGAGCUGAGCUUGCAGCUGUGCAGAAGAAACUAGAGGAUCUGAAAAACACAUUUCAUGAAAUGAUCGCAAACAAAGAGAGACUGGAAUUUCAAGUCGACAUGUGCGGGAAAAAGCUGGUCAGAGCAGAGAAGCUAAUUGGCGGACUGGGUGGUGAGAAGGAGAGGUGGAUAGUUGCAGCCAGUGAGCUGCAGAAGAUCUAUGAUAAUCUGAUGGGUGAUGUCUUGAUCUCUGCUGGUGUAAUAGCUUACCUGGGCCCUUUCACCAGCUCUUUCCGUGACCUCCAGACCUCAAAGUGGGUCAGCAUUUGCCAGUCCAAGAAAAUUCCAUGUUCAACUGAGUUCUCACUGAGCAAAACAUUGGGAGAACCAAUCAAAAUUCAAGCCUGGAACAUUGCUGGUCUCCCCAGGGAUAACUUUUCUAUUGACAACGGGGUAAUUGUUGCCAACUCGAGAAGAUGGCCGCUGAUGAUUGACCCUCAAGGCCAAGCAAAUCGUUGGGUGAAGAACUCUGAAAAAGACAGCAAUCUGUCGGUUAUUAAGUUGUCAGAUUCUGACUACAUGCGCACUCUAGAGAACUGUGUCUCUUUUGGUAAUCCCCUACUUUUGGAGAAUGUUGGAGAGGAGCUAGACCCUUCACUUGAGCCGCUACUUCUUAAGCAGACUUUCAAGCAAGCUGGCAUUGAGAUGAUUCGUCUGGGUGAAAACAUAAUGGAGUACAGUCUGGACUUCCGUUUCUACAUCACCACCAAAUUAAGGAACCCUCAUUACCUGCCGGAACUGUCAACGAAGGUGUCACUGCUGAAUUUCAUGAUCACCCCAGAAGGUUUGGAAGAUCAGCUCCUUGGAAUUGUAGUGGCCAAAGAAAGGCCAGAACUGGAGGAAGAGCGACAAGCUCUCAUCAUCACUAGCGCUGCCAACAGACGGCAACUCAAAGAAAUUGAGGACAACAUUCUGCACACUCUGUCCUCCUCUGAAGGCAAUAUUCUGGAGGAUGAGGCCGCCAUCCAGAUCCUGGACUCCUCAAAGAUUGUGUCUGAUGAUAUCACAAAGAAGCAGAAGGUUGCUGAAGAAACUGAGAAGAAGAUUGAGGCUUCUCGUGUUGGAUAUCGACCAAUAGCAAAGCAUUCAUCCAUUCUGUUCUUCUCCAUAACCGACCUGCCCAACAUUGACCCCAUGUACCAGUACUCGCUGACCUGGUUUGUUAACCUCUUCAUUAUGAGCAUACAAGACAGAGCUCGAAAGGAUUUGAAUCAAGAAGAAUACAUGUUUUUUCUCACUGGAGGCGUUGGUUUGGAGAACAAGCUGGCAAAUCCCGCACCCAGCUGGCUUGUGGACAAAUCCUGGGAUGAAAUCUGCCGCAUGAGUGAACUGAAAAACUUCAGUGGUUUUAGGGAGGACUUUGUCAAAGAUGUAGAUAAAUGGAGCGACUUUUAUGCCGAGAGAGAGCCACAUAAGGUGGAGCUGCCUGAGCCAUGGAAUAAAAAGUUAAAUGAUUUCCAGCGAAUGAUCUUACUGAGGACCAUCAGGCCGGACAAGAUUGUUCUAGCAAUCACCGAUUUCGUCAUGGAAAAACUGGGCAAGAAGUUUGUAGAGCCGCCACCUUUUGACCUUGCCAAGAGCUACAUGGACUCAAAUCCCUGGACACCAUUAAUAUUUGUUCUCUCCCCUGGCGCUGACCCGACCAUGAACCUUCUGAAGUAUGCAGAGGACAAAGGGUUCGGCGGAAACAAGUUCAACUCUAUUUCACUGGGUCAAGGACAGGGUCCAAUAGCAGCAAAUAUGAUCAAGCAGGCUCAACAAGAUGGCUCCUGGGUUUUGCUGCAGAACUGUCACUUGGCUGUGUCUUGGAUGCACUCCCUUGAGAGGAUCUGUGAGGAGCUAACUCCGGAGACAACUCACUCUGAGUUUAGAUUGUGGCUGACAAGUUAUCCAUCUCCCAAGUUUCCAGUGACUGUUUUACAAAAUGGUGUCAAGAUGACAAAUGAGCCACCCACAGGACUACGUCAGAACCUGCUUCAGAGUUACCUGAACGACCCAAUUAGUGAUGAGUCUUUCUUUAAAGGAUGCCCUGGCAAAGAACAAAGUUUUGAGAAGCUUCUGUUUGGCUUGUGCUUCUUCCACGCUUUGGUACAAGAGAGGAGAAAAUUUGGACCUCUAGGAUGGAACAUUCCAUAUGGAUUCAAUGAGUCAGAUCUUAGGAUCUCAGUGAGACAACUCCAGAUGUUUAUCAAUGAAUACGAUGAGAUUCCCUUCAGUGCAAUCACCUACAUGACAGGAGAGUGCAACUAUGGUGGCAGGGUGACCGACGACUGGGACAGGAGAUGUCUUAUGACCAUCUUGGCUGAUUUCUACAACCCUGCAGUCGUAACUGAUCCCAAGUACAAAUUUUCGGCUAGUGGCAAUUACCACUGUCCAACCAAAACUGGUUACCAGGAAGCCAUAGAAUUUAUCAAGAGUCUUCCGGGAACCCAGCACCCAGAGAUAUUUGGCAUGCAUGAAAAUGUGGAAAUCUCCCGAGAGCUGCAGGAAGUCCAGCUGCUGUUUGACUCAGUUCUGCUCACCCAAGGAGGACAAGCUGGCAGUGGGGGCAGCACCGACGAGGCUUUGGAUGACAUUGCUACUGAUAUUUUGUCCAAGUUGCCAGAAGACUAUGACAUUGAGGCUGCCAUUGCUAAGUAUCCAGUUAUCUACUCUGAAAGUAUGAACACAGUUCUUGUACAGGAAAUGGAACGAUUUAACAAACUUCUGGACAUAAUUAGAUCCAGUCUUCAGAAUAUGCAGAAGGCAAUCAAAGGCCUUGUGGUAAUGUCAGCAGAACUGGAGGCCUUGGCCAGCAGUCUUCUUAUAGGCAAACAACCGGCCAUGUGGAUGAAACGAUCCUACCCAUCCCUGAAGCCACUCGGCAGCUAUGUUAAUGACUUUUUAGAGAGGCUGAAAUUUUUGCAGCAAUGGUACGUGAAUGGCAAGCCAGAGGACUUCUGGGUAUCUGGAUUUUUCUUUACACAAGCUUUCCUGACCGGUGUGAUGCAGAACUUUGCCAGGAAAUAUACGAUUCCAAUAGACACCCUGGCAUUUGAUUUUGAGGUGCUGACUCAUGAUCGCAUGGACAAAUCCCCAACUGAUGGAGCUUAUAUUUAUGGCCUGUUCCUUGAUGGUGCUCGCUGGGAUAAAAAGAAUGGCUGUCUUGAAGAGCAGAGGCCCAAAAUUUUGAACGAGCCUGUGCCCGUAAUCUGGCUGCUGCCAAAACGUAUGGACGAGAUAGAUGAGUCCCGACAGCGUUAUAAAUGUCCAGUCUACAAGACCAGCGAACGUAAAGGUGUACUGUCCACUACAGGACAUUCAACCAAUUUUGUUUUGGCAAUUCUUCUGCCUACCAAGAAACCCUUCCAGCACUGGAUCAAACGAGGCUGUGCGUGUCUUUGCCAGAAAGAUGACUAA